AUCAGGAGUGAACUCACUUUGAGACUGGACUCACUCUAAGGCGAUGUAUUCCCGAAAGAAAAAAAAGUUGCUGAUGCGCGAAAGCUCCGAAUCAUCUUUAUCUUUAUUAAUUUAUUAAGAUCAUCUGCAUUUUAUUUAUGCUAUCUUUAGUCUUUGAUAUACAUAACUAAUUUCGAAUUUGAUCUUAUUCUAUAUGACCAACUAAAACAGCUUUAUCUAAAGAUUAACCAAAUAAUAAAAAUCUAAAAGUAAAUGCAAAUAAAAUCAAAUAAGAGAAUAACUAAAAAUUCUCAUUUAACUGACUGAAAGAUACGCUCAACUAAUCUAAUCUAAAUUAAAAAUGAUGAACUAAAUCGGUGGUUAGUGUUGGUUCAGAUCUGUUCUGCAUCACUUACCAUGUACUUCAAUUUUCUUUCCCAGUUUUGUUACCAAAUUAGUCCUUGAAAGAUGUAUGUGGUGGAAGACAAAGGAGGAGCAAUUGCUCUAAUGCUGGCUGCUCUCUUCUUCUUGGGCACUUGGCCUGCUGUCCUCACACUCCUGGAGCGCCGCGGCCGUCUGCCUCAGCACACUUAUCUCGAUUAUUCCAUCACAAAUCUGUUGGCAGCAGUUUUUAUUGCUUUAACUUUCGGUCAAAUUGGAGACAGCAAGCCGGAUAUGCCGAAUUUCCUCACCCAGCUUACUCAGGACAAUUGGCCUUCAAUAUUAUUUGCAAUGGCAGGUGGUGUUGUUCUCAGCCUCGGAAAUCUUGCCACUCAGUAUGCUUGGGCUUUUGUCGGCCUUUCGGUAACGGAGAUCAUCAGUUCAAGUAUCACUGUCGUUAUAGGCACAACCUUGAAUUACUUUCUCGACGACCGCAUUAAUAGAGCUGAGAUUCUUUUCCCGGGAGUAGGGUGCUUUCUAGUAGCAGUAUGUCUCGGCUCCGCCGUCCACUCCUCCAACGCAGCUGAUAAUGAAAAGAAACUGAGUGGUUCCUCAACUAACUACACGAAAACAACUCGGGCAAAUUCAGAUGUAUCAAAGGACAUGGAGAAAGGAGUUACUAAUACUUCAGACCCUACUGUUGGUGUGGAGAACGCAAAAGCCGGUACAGCAGAAUACCUCAUACAGCUCGAGAAUAGACGGUCAAUUAAGGUGCUAGGUUCCAACUUAUUCUUCGGCCUCGGAAUAGUAUUUUUCUCUGGACUAUGCUUCUCCCUCUUCUCUCCUGCAUUCAAUCUAGCCACCAAUGAUCAAUGGCACACUCUGAAGAAAGGUGUGCCGCAUUUGGUGGUCUACACCGCAUUCUUCUACUUCUCGAUCUCGUGUUUUGUUGUCGGAAUCGGUCUAAACAUAUGGUUCCUUUACAAUCCCGUGCUCGGUCUGCCGCGAUCGUCGUUCGCGGCUUAUUUGAAAGAUUGGAAAGGGAGGCAAUGGGCUCUUCUUGCCGGGCUUCUCUGCGGGUUCGGAAAUGGAUUUCAGUUCAUGGGUGGACAAGCUGCCGGAUAUGCUGCUGCUGAUGCUGUCCAGGCAUUGCCGCUAGUAAGCACUUUUUGGGGCAUACUCCUUUUUGGAGAGUAUCGGAAAUCAUCGAGAAGGACGUACGCAUUGCUCGUGAGCAUGAUUUUUAUGUUCAUCGCUGCGGUGGCGGUUCUAAUGGCUUCUUCAGGGCAUAGGAAGCAAUAGUGUAAAGAAGAUUUAAAAUGGGUGAAUUCCUCUCCACAUCAGUGAGGGAUCAAACUUUAUUAAUAUAUAGAGAUUUAUACAUGAAUGAAUAAGAAAUAUAUAAUCAUGAAAUCCUUCAAAUUAGGCUCCUUUCCUUCUUUGUAUUUGGCAAAUUAUUCUGUUGCUUCUUUUGUGAUGAAUCCAUAUCAUUGGAUAUUAAAUUUGAAAC